GGCUGUGCUGCGAAGAGCUCUCGUUUCCCUCCCCUCCCUCCCUCCCUUCUCUAAAGCCCCCAAAUUGAUUUGGGGAUCUUUUAGGGUUUUAUCGCAAACACUCUCUUUUUUUCACCGUCUAAGAAAGAUCUUUUUUGUUUCAACCUAUCUUUCUUUGACCAUGGCUACUGCUACUCCUUCCGCAGAUCAAACUGCAAAUUUGCUGCAGAAUUUGAACUUGGAUUCUCAAACGAAGACUUCAGAAGUUUCUGAUGCCACUAAGAAGACCUCUGUUUACCAGUAUGGCUCAGCCAAUCUGGGGAAUGUUACAAAUGGUCAGCUCCAUCAAGGUGUGGAUCCAACUAUGUGCUACACUCCUAAUGGUUUUGCCCCUACUCCCUAUUACUAUGGAAGUAAUGAGUGGGAUGACUAUUCGAGGUAUGCGAAUUCAGAGGGGAUGCUUAUGUCCUCUGCAGUUUAUGGUGAUGGUGCUCCUGUUAUGUAUCACAAUGGCUAUGCAUAUCCCACAUAUGGUCCAUAUUCUCCUGCAGCUACCCCAAUUCCUACCAUGGGGAAUGAUGGUCAGAUAUAUGGGCCUCAGCACUAUCAAUAUCCUUCUUAUUUCCAUGCAACUACAACCUCUGGUCCAAUGAUUUCUAGUUCAGUCGCCCCUCCACAGGAUGCUUUCUCCACCUCCACUGUGGGUGAUCAGAAGGCUUUGUCUUUGGAAACAUCUAAAAGCAAUUCUAACAGAACUGUGAAUAAUGGGGUUGCGAAGGCAAACAGUGGUCCUGUUCCAUUUAAACCAACUCACAAUAACUCAUUGUUCACUCCAAGUAACGUCAAUGGGGGUACUCCUGCUUCUGGCUUUGCCGGUCCAAGAUUUGGUUUUGAUGGGUCUCUCACCGGCUCCAGAGUUACUUCCUCAUUCUCGAAAUCAAAGAAUAGCUCUUUCCAGAGAAAACAGAAUUACUAUCCGAAUUCUCACUAUGUGGGUUUUCACAACCCUAGUCCUGGCAUGGGUUCUACUGAUGGGUUUAUGAAUGGGAUGCAUCCAAAUGGAUUUUAUGGUCAUUAUGGAGGUGCCUAUAGAUCUGGUAUUGGCUAUGGAUCCACCGGUUAUGGUUCAAGAGCAAAUGGACGUGGGUGGCCUGCUGCUGAUGGAAAGUACAGACCCAGGGGGCGGGGUUAUGGCUACGGUGGUUAUGGAAAUGAAAAUGUUGAUGAUUUGAACGAGCUGAAUAGGGGACCUCGGUCAAAGGGACCUAAAAACCAGAGGGGUUUUGUGCCCAAUACAUGUGCAGAUAAUGUUCAGAAUGGACCAUCAGAUGAAACAAGUGGGGAAGAGAAAGCCAUGACCAGUGUGUGCCCAGGCUUGGAAGAGUUCAAUAAAGCAGAUCUCGCUGAGGAUUAUGCUGAUGCAAAGUUCUUCAUUAUUAAGUCUUACAGUGAGGAUGAUAUCCAUAAGAGCAUCAAGUACAAUGUCUGGGCCAGCACACCGAAUGGCAACAAGAAGCUUGAAGCAUCAUACCAAGAGGCUCAACAGUUAUCUGGUGGCUGCCCUGUAUUCCUCUUUUUUUCGGUCAAUACUAGUGGACAGUUCGUUGGCCUUGCAGAGAUGGUGGGUCCAGUUGAUUUUGACAAGACUCUGGGAUAUUGGCAACAAGACAAGUGGACUGGUUGUUUCCCGGUUAAGUGGCACAUUGUUAAGGAUGUGCCAAACAAUUUACUCAAACAUAUUAUCCUUGAGAACAACGAGAAUAAACCAGUCACCAACAGCAGGGACACUCAAGAGGUCAAGUUGGAGCACGGGCUUAAAAUGAUCAAGAUAUUCAAGGGUCAUUCGAGUAAAACAUCCAUUUUGGAUGAUUUUGGGUUUUAUGAGGCCCGGCAAAAGAUAAUUCAGGAAAAGAAGGAAAAGCAGCAGCAACUCCAGAAACUGGUGUGGGAUGGAAAGCCCAAGGAAGAGAAGAAAGAAAUUGCAAAUGGAUCGCAGCAGGUGUCAUUGGAGGUUGCAUCAGAUUUAAGCAAGGAACCCACUUCAACACAGCUUCCUAACAGUGACCAUCAUGAAAAUGGAUUGGCUGCAAAAGGUGGUGAUGUCGCCCAAGGUGGCAAAUCGGUUGUGUCUGAGAAAAUAGCUAAUGGGUUGGCAAAUGGUUGCUAAGCAAAUCUGCUGACACAGUGGUAGUCUAUGGUAUGAUUGGAGUUGAUCUUUAAAGUUCUGCCAUACAGGAGUAAUAGGCUGCCACAGAGAAGAUCUGUUUUGCUGCUUUACAAGUCUCAAAUAUUUGCAGAGGCAAUGGAUAUUGCAAGAUUCUUCAGUUGGUAGUUCAUAGGGCUUUUCUAGAAAGUCUAGAUCCUAAUAUUGAACCCAUGUUUUUUUUUUCUCUGUUUUCAUAGCAAUUGGCUCCUUGUGAGAUUUCAUUCCUCAUGAGAAUAGGUUUAGGUUUGUCUGUCAUGGUGUCUCUUUUUUUGGUUUUCUUUUGGUGGUUAGACUAUUUCCUGCAGUGGAAAUUUGGGAUACUUGGUUGCAAGGCGGCUUUACUUGUAAUAGUAAGAGGGCUGAAGCAAGGUGGGUAAGAAUUAUUAAGAAAAUAUAGUUGGAAUGAUAUUUAACCUUUUGCUUUUGCGUUCA